UUUUAUUAAAAGGGUAUUUUGGAAAUUGACUGAGUGAAGGCUAAAAUAGUAAUUUUAUUUUGAAACGGUCCCUGAGAUACGGGCUGUAGUAACUGGAAUAAUCAUAAUUACACACUCUAGAACCCCUCUUCAGAAAAAGAUAAACUCUGAUACGAGGGUUUAUCUAAGGUUUUUGAAUCAAUCGCCAUUUAUCUAUUUAUUUUCACUACUACAACACAAUCCAUUUCAAAAUUGUUUACCAUUUCUAAGCAUCAAUCAAGUUGAAAGUGUAUUUUCCAUUAUUUAUCAUGCACAGAUUACUGAGAAAGGUUUCAAUCUCAUCCGGCGCACAAAAUCUCAUCCGGGCAGUGGCCAUUGCUACCGCCGGGUCAGGUAUUCUGUAUGCCAGCAGCAACUCAGAAUAUGGAACAAGAAUAUCGCUGUCGAUUCCAGUGAUAUCCAAUGAAUCACCAUCUUUACAAUUCUUGCAAGGCUUUCGGGAACCUUCUCCGUUUAUUUCAUCUGAAAAGUGGAAACUUGGGAAGUCUGCAAUUUUUUCCUCUAGAGUCAGUCCUGCUCCUUCCGGAGAUAUAAAUUCUCCAGUCAGUCCAGCUCCUUCUGGAGAUAUAAAGAAACAGGAUCCGGGUCCUGUUGAGGUCAAAGAUGAGGCAGAGCUACAUCGUAGAUGUUUAGGUAGAGAUACUAUUGCCAAUGCAGCUGCUAAAGUUGGUCCCGCAGUUGUCAAUCUAGCAGUUCCUCAGGGUUUCCAUGGAAUUACUAUGGGCCAGAGUAUAGGCUCUGGAACAAUAAUAGAUGAAGAUGGUACUAUUUUGACAUGUGCUCAUGUUGUGGUUGAUCUUCAAGUCAUUCACCGUGCUUCUAUGGGAAAGGUUGAUGUAACUCUGCAAGAUGGUCGGACAUUUGAGGGUACAGUGCUGAAUGCUGAUUUACAUUCUGAUAUUGCUAUUGUAAAGAUAAACUCUAAAACUCCUCUUCCAACUGCAAAACUUGGUUCUUCCAGUAAGCUUCGGCCUGGGGACUGGGUUUUGGCUGUGGGCUGCCCACUUUCUCUUCAAAACACUGUAACAGCUGGUAUUGUAAGUUGUGUUGACCGUAAAAGCAGUGAUUUGGGUCUUGGUGGAAUGCGGAGAGAGUAUCUGCAAACAGAUUGUGCAAUCAAUGUGGGAAAUUCUGGAGGGCCCCUGGUUAAUAUUGAUGGAGAAAUUGUUGGUGUUAAUAAUAUGAAAGUACUGGCUGCAGCCGGAUUGGGCUUUGCUGUACCAGUGGACUCAGUAGCCAAAAUUAUAGAGCAUUUCAACAAGAAGGGGAGAGUUGUUCGUCCUUGGCUUGGAUUGAAAAUGCUUGAUCUUAAUCAGAUGAUUGUUGCUCAGCUUAAAGAAAGAGAUCCCUCCUUCCCUAAUGUCCAAAGGGGUGUUCUUGUACCUAUGGUAACUCCUGGAUCUCCCGCUCAUCGCGCUGGAUUCCGUCCUGGUGAUGUUGUUAUCAAAUUCGACGGGAGGCCUGUCGGAAGCAUCAAGGAGAUCAUAGAAAUAAUGGACAGGGUUGGAAAGCCUUUGAAGGUAGUUGUACAAAGAGCAAAUGAUAACGUGGUGGUUCUGACUGUAACUCCUGAGGAAGCCAAUCCAUUUAUGUGAAUAUUCAUACAAAUCAUGCAGAGUAAUAUUGCAUCCAAGUUAUCUCAUUGAA